AAGAAUGUAUAAGAUGGACACCCCAGUCACACACUCUUCAUACCAACCUACACAGUUGGACAGAAACAUGUAUUACAUCUUGACUGAAAACUACCAUUAUGGCAGCAAGCUUUUCCACGCAGGGAGCAUGUGUUUUCUGAAAGAGCAGAUAUACCUGCAGCACAUUAGCAGGUCGUCUACUCGCAUGUGGCGGUUUAUUAUGGAACAGGAUGGUUCUGUGGCUACUGUGGACGUGGAAAGCCUGCAGCCGGUGAACGAGAAGAUGGCCGACUUCCUUCUGGCCAUUAGCAACGCGCAGGAACGCUUGAACUGUUUUCUAGACAGGCAGGUUCUCGAUGCCGCCAUGACGGCUGAACCAGGUCAGCAGGUCUUGGUCGAUCUGGAGGAUCAGUUUACCCCUGCGACCAUCCGCUACAUUGGGAAACUCCACCAAUGCCCUUUACCAUCAGGGGUCUAUCCAAUUUACUUUGGAGUGGAAUUGCAGGGUGACGGUGAAGGCAGAGGCAGCUGUGCCGGCACCUGCCAUGGAGUAGAAUACUUCAAGUGUAAGCCCAAGUGCGGCCUUUUCCUGCCAUUCAACAAGCUGCAGUUUCUACCAGCCUCAGAGACCGACCAAGUGGAGGAGAAAAGGCAGAAGACUGACGGAAUCAUGCCAGUGAAAAUGGGCGACACUGUUGGCUUUUAUUUAGAGGAUGCCUUCACACGAGGGAUAGUCCUGGAAGUGUAUCAGGCGGGGAAUCAGUGGAUGGUGAAAGUAUGUCCGGAGGAAGAGGGCUCGGCAGACGUUUUCCGGGAGAUCCCUCUGGAUUCGGUGGUGAAGGGGGAGCUGCUCUGCUCAGACUCGGAUUCUGGGCUCCAGGAUUAUCUCAAACGUAGGAGAAGCGAUAAUUCAGUGAAUUCAGAAGACAAGACUUCCUCUCUAGACGUCAACUCUGUGGUGCAGAUCAACUUAGACAAGGGACGUGCUAUGACGGGGACUAUCCGUUGGAUUGGCUGCCUGCCUAAUGCCCAGCACAGGAUGGCUGGAAUUGAGUUGGAUGAAGAGAACAACAGCCUUUCCGAUGGAGAGUGGCAAGGGGUGCGCUACUUCACCUGUCCUCCGCAUCGGGCCCUCUUUGUGCGGCUGGAGUCGUGCCAACCCGAUUCGCGCUUCCAGGGAAACAAGAGCCUGUGUGAGGAGCCCUCUGAAUGCAGAGAGGCGGACGCUCUGUCUGUCCAGAGCAACUCCCCACCCCUAAGAGCCGAGGUGGCCGUGAAUGUCCUCCGAGGGCGGAUGAGAGGGAUCCAAGGCCACUGUAACUCCUGCUACAUGGACGCUGCCCUAUUCAGCCUCUUCUCCUGCACCUCGGUGCUGGAUUCCAUGCUGUACAAGCCCUCUCUCCCCGCUGACGGGCGCAUCCAAGAGAUCCUCCGGGACAAGAUCGUCAACCCUCUGAGGCAGAAUGGCUUUGUCGCUGCCAAAAGUGUGAUGGAUCUUCGGUAUCAGCUGACCGAAAAGGGACAAUCUUCCAGUUUUGCUACUUCGGAGAAAGACCCCGAAGAAUUCCUGAAUCUGAUCAUGCAUCGCAUUCUUGGGCUGGAGCCGCUCUUGAAACUGCA